AUGGUCAGUGCCUGUGAUCCCGAUCUUCCCGCUUUCUACACCGACGUAGCGAAGUUCAGGGGCUGGAUCGACGAGCGUGAUAAGAUUAUCGGCGAGCAGAACCUUCUCAAGCAGUCGAGUUGUGGUGCUGUGAGGAAAAAUAAUUACACCAACGAGAUCGAACAGGCGGUGGUCAAUCAGUAUCCGUGGAACGUGCUUCUAGAGUACACGCGUACGAGAAAGGAUUCCACUGAGCAGCUUCUUACCUGCAGCGGAGUGUUGGUACAUCCUCGCUAUGUGCUGACUGUGGGACAUUGCGCCACAGGCAUGUUGAGCAAGUACAAACUGACAUCGGUACGUGUCGGUGAAUUCAACAUCAAUACGCCGGAGGACUUGGACGCAUCGGUACCAGCCAAAAGUUUCACAUCACAAUCUGUCGACAUUGAAAAGGUCCUUCCUCACCCGCAAAUGAAUAAUCCGCUGUACAGCAAUGAUUUGGCGCUUAUCAAACUCAAGCACGAAGCCGGUACGGGCAAAGAGAACGUCCUUCCAAUCUGUCUGCCCAGUGUGGACGAAUACAAGGAGGAGGGCGUGACGUUGACCGGCUGGAAGCGGAGCAAACGGCUCUUCCCGAAGCUCGAGCAGGACGCGAUGAACAUUUCCUCGGCCGCCCAGUGCCAAAACCAGUACAGUGCGCUCCAGCUGGACCUUCCCUCGGCCGACGAUAUGCUCUGCGCUCAGUACAAAAGUCGCGCGAAGGGCCGCUGUCACAACUACGCCGCCGGAUCGCCGCUGCAGUACAUCAAGGUGGUCGACCAGAAGCCCCGCUACUUCCUGGCCGGACUGAUGAUGUUCAGCUUACCGCACUGCCGACCGAACGCCACCGAGGUGUUCGUGAGCCUUGUUGGGUCCACCAAGUGGAUCAAAAACACCAUCCUCAUCUCCUAG